AAGAUCCACACCCUGUUUUCCGGGGAGCCGCCGGAGAUCCAGCCCUUCAGCACGCUGUUCUCUUACGUCCCGGCCGUGAGCAGUGAGCUGGCCACGGCACAGAUUUCUCCUUCUGCUCGGAUCUAAUCUUUUUUUUAUUACUCUAACAGAGCUCAUUCUCUCAUUUUGCGCACUGACGCAGGCUUCAGAGUACUCUGCAGCCCCCCAGCCGGUGCGCAACAGCGCACAAACCAUUUUGCGGCUUCUUCUCCGUCUGUGGCAAUGGAUUGAUUUCGGUGUGUGUGUGUGUGUGUGUGUGUGUGUGUGUUUUCUAACCUCUGCUUCGACCAAGUUGUGAAACAGUCCGUAACCUGCGGCUCUCUUCUCACAGCUGCAUGUUCCAUCCGGCCACUUUCCAAACUACCUGGAUCCGGAUGUUUCUGCACAUUUUAGGACUUUGAACUUUUUUUUUUUUUACAUUCUUGGUGCAUUUGGAGGAGGUGGGCGGAGGGAUUUUAAGGAUUUUACAAUAUUAUUUUUUUAACAGCUUCUUCGUGGUUCUUAAAGCCUGCAAAGAUUUCUUGGUGAAAAGUGAUGGCCGAGCGGGGAGCUCUGUCGCUCCUCUCUCUUCUGGUUCUCACCUUUCUCUGCUCGGAGACCACCACGGCAAAGCAUGUCGGCAAAGUGCCGCACCCCUUCAGCCCUUUCUGGUUCACGGUGGAGCCCCAGGACACGCUGGCCAUCCGGGGGAACUCGGCGCUGCUCAACUGCUCGGCACACAGCGACACGGCCACGCCGGCGCGCAUCGAGUGGAAAAAGGACGGCACAUUCAUGAGCCUGGUCUCAGAUGAGCGGCGAAACAUCCUCCCAGAUGGUUCGCUGUUCUUCACCCACGUGAUCCACUCAAAGCACAACAAGCCAGAUGAGGGCACCUAUCAGUGUGUCGCCACGAUCGACACCCUGGGAUCCAUUUCCAGCCGCACAGCACGCCUCUCUGUAGCCGGGAUUCCCAGGUUCACCAGCCAGCCAUCGCCAGCCUCCGUGCAUCUUGGGGACAGUCAUGUGAUGGCAUGUGAGGUUAACACAGAUCUGGUGCCUUUCACCCGCUGGGAGAAGGACCGACAGCAGCCAGAGCUGGGCGCCAGGUUGAUCCAGCUGCCCAAUGGGGCACUCGUUAUCAGUAACGCCUCAGAGGCUGACGCCGGUCUUUAUCGCUGUGCGGUAGAACCCGUGGGCUCCUCCAAGUUCAGCGAGGAUGCCCAGCUCCAGACAGUACCAGAAACUGGAGAGGAGAGGAAGUUGGAGUUUUUGGCGCAGCCUGUUUCUGUGACCAAGCUGAUCGGUGCCAGUGUGUUGCUGCCAUGUGUGGUGACUGGUUUCCCUUCGCCUCGCAUUCGCUGGUCGUUGGGGGACAAGCCGCUGGAGGAAAGUGAGGGUCGAGUUGAAGUGGUGGGAGGGGGAAGUCUCCAGAUUUCCAACAUCAUGGAAGAAGAUGCUGGCGUGUACACCUGUGUGGCAGAAAAUUCUAACACCACCAUUGAAGCCCAGGCCCAGCUCACAGUUCAAGCUCCUCCUCAGUUUGUGAAGCGGCCGUCCAACAUUUAUGCUCAUGAGACCAUGGACAUCAUCUUUGAGUGUGAAGUUUCAGGCUCACCAGCUCCCACCGUCAAAUGGGUGAAGAACGGAGAUGCCGUCAUCCCCAGCGACUAUUUCAAAAUCAUUAAGGAACACAACCUGCAGGUUCUGGGUCUGGUGAAGUCAGACGAGGGAUUCUAUCAGUGUCUGGCAGAAAACGAUGCAGGCAACAUCCAGUCGAGCGCCCAGCUCAUCAUCUUAGAUUAUGACAUAGCCCUGCCCUCCUUCCCUCCCCCUUCACUGACUCCUAAAACUACUGACCAUGUAACGCCAGGCUCCGGAGGUGUAGACGGUCCCGCUGGGCCCACCCCCUCCGCCCCCAGAGACGUGGUGGCUUCGCUGGUCUCCACCCGCUUCAUCAAGCUGACCUGGCGCCAACCAGCCGAGCCGCACGGAGAUGAGUUAACGUACUCGGUUUUCUACAGCCAAGAGGGCACCAGCAGAGAGCGUGUUGUGAACACCAGCCGUCCAGGAGAGAUGCAGGUCACCAUUCAGAAUCUGAUGCCUGACACCAAAUAUCGCUUCAGGGUCACGGCUCACAACAGCAACGGGCAGGGCGAGAGCUCUGCAACGCUCAAAGUGGCCACCCAGGCUGAAGUCCAAGUGCCAGGCCCGGCUCCCAACCUGCAGGCGGUGGCCAACACGCCGACGUCGGUGUCUCUGAGCUGGGACAAACCCCUCACAGGAAACGGAGAGAUCCUCACCUACAAGCUGUUCUAUACAGACAGAGGUUUUGGCAGUGAACUGGAUGUCGACGUAGAUGGUCAGUCCUACACCAUGACCGGACUGAAGAAAAACACGGAGUACAGCUUCCGUGUGGUGGCCAACAACAAGCAUGGGCCUGGCGUCUCCACAGACGACGUCGUCGUCCGCACGCUCUCAGACGUUCCAAGCGCUCCGCCUCAAAAUCUCACUCUGGAGGUCCAGAACUCAAAGGGCAUCAUGCUUCGCUGGCAGCCCCCGCCCCUCAGCGGCCAGAACGGGGAGAUCACCUCCUACAAGAUCCGGUACCGUAAAGGGUCCCGGAGGAGUGAAUCAGCCGUGAUCACUGCAGGCACUCAGCUGUCCAAGCUCAUUGACGGUCUCGAGCCCGGAACAGAAUAUUCCUUCAGGGUGUCCGCCACGACGGUGAACGGUACAGGACCGGCCACCGAUUGGACCACAGCAGAGACAUUCGAGAGCGACCUGGAUGAAUCCCGUGUGCCUGACCAGCCGAGCUCGCUGCACGUCCGACCGCUGGUCAACAGCAUUGUAGCGAGCUGGACGCCACCAGAGAACCAGGACAUCGUGGUGCGUGGUUACACCAUCAGCUAUGGCAUCGGAAGUCCUCACGCUCAGACCAUCAAAGUGGACUACAAACAGCGUUACUUCACUAUUGAAAACCUCGACCCCAGCUCCCACUAUGUGAUCACGCUGAAGGCCUUCAACAACGUGGGGGAGGGGAUCCCCGUGUACGAGAGCGCUAUCACCAGACCACAGUCAGACCCCAUAGACCCUGAUGUUGACUUGUAUGAACUGUUCCAUGCUCCAUACACCCCAGUACCAGACCCCUCCCCCAUGAUGCCUCCCGUGGGUGUUCAGGCCUCCGUGGUGAGCCAUGAUGCCAUCAAGGUGACAUGGGCUGACAACCUGUUGCCCAAAAACCAAAAGAUCACGGAUAAUCGCUACUACACCGUACGAUGGAAGACCAACAUCCCCGCCAAUGCUAAAGUCAAGGCGGCCAACUCCACCAGCCUGAGCCACCUGGUGACGGGCCUGAAACCCAACACACAGUACGAGUUCUCCGUUAUGGUGACAAAAGGGCGCCGCUUCAGCACAUGGAGCAUGACAGCCGUGGGCACGACCCUGGAGACCAGUCCCAGCUCUGCCCCUAAAGACGUGACGGUUGUGAGCAAAGAGAACAAACCUCGUACCAUAAUAGUGAACUGGCAGCCUCCUUCAGAAGCCAAUGGAAAAAUCACUGGUUAUAUUAUCUACUACAGUACUGAUGUAAACGCAGUGGUGCACGACUGGGUCAUUGAACCUGUGGUGGGAAACCGCCUCACACACCAGAUCCAGGAGCUGACUGUAGACACAGUCUACUACUUCAAGAUCCAGGCCCGAAACUCUAAAGGCAUGGGCCCCAUGUCGGAGGCCGUCCAGUUCCGCACUCCAAAGACUGAGUCCUCUGACAAAAUGGCUAAUGACCAAGCCUCAAAUCUUCUGCCAAAGGCAGGACUUCCAGGCGGCCAGUAUCCACACGACCCCAGGACUCCACCAGACAAAACAGGAGUUGGAAGCAGUGAAAACCACCUCCUGGUCAUUAUCAUCAUUAUCGCAGUAGGAGUCUUCACCAUCAUCGUCGUGGUUGUGGGGGCCUUCUUGUGCACACGACGCACCACGUCCCACCAGAAAAAAAAACGAGCUGCAUCCAAAUCCUCCAAUGGCUCCCACAAAUACAAAGGUAACGCCAAGGACCUGAAGCCACCAGAUCUUUGGAUUCACCAUGAGAGGCUGGAACUGAAACCUAUGGACAAGUCGCCAGAGCCCAACCCUGUCAUGACUGAAACGCCCAUCCUGCGCACCUCACAGGACAUCACGCCGGCUGACAGUGGACUGGAAAGCAACCCCCACCUGCAACAAAGACGCAACUCCUACCGUGGCCACGAAUCAGAAGACAGCAUGUCCACACUAGCAGGCCGUCGAGGGAUGAGACCUAAAAUGAUGAUGCCUUUUGACGCGCAGCCACCCCAGCCUGUGAUUAGUGCUCACCCCAUCCAUUCGCUCGAUAACCAUCACCACCAUUAUCACAUGGGCAGCCUGGCAUCACCGACACGCAGCUACCUCUACCACCAGGGCAGCGGGCAUUCACGCCCGCACGCCUGCACCACCCCCAUCUCCCAUCUAGACAGGGUGGACUCCUCAGAGUCUGUGAGGAACACCCCCAGUUCUGAGCCCCUCCCUCCACCCACCGUCUCCUCCCAAGCCUCCUGCCCUUCCGAGAUCCUGGCUGACCCCGAGGGCAGCUACCACGGCUCCACCACCACCGAGGAGGAACCCAGCUACUCCAGCAACCUUCCCCCCCUCCGCUCAGCCCACCCGCACUCCCACGCCCACCCACUCAAGAGCUUUGCCGUACCUGCCAUCCCAGCCUCUGGCCAUCCAUCAUACGAGUCCCCCGCCCUGCCCAGCACGCCCCUGCUCGCUCAGACCGGUCCUCCCACCCACCCUCAUGUUGUGAAAACAGCCUCCAUUGGAACGCUAGGAAGAACACGCUCACCGAUGAUCGUCACCGUACCCAACGCCCCCGAUGUUCCAGAGACGAGCAAGAUGCUGGAGGAUGUAGACAGCGUGCUUGCUUCCCUCCCCCACUGCCCCUCCCCCGCUCCUCGCAGUAACCCUGUUCCUCUCCCUCAGAGCUACGAGCCCGACGAGCUGACCGAGGAGAUGGCCCACCUGGAGGGCCUGAUGAAGGACCUGAACGCUAUCACAACAGCGCCGUGAGCACGGGGACGCGUCGUCUCUGUCGUGUCCAUACACACCUACAGUCAAACACACACACCCAAACAAAACCCCUCCGGAGCCAGAGGCCACUGGACACAAAUUGUGCUUCUUGUGCCCCAAGGAAACUCAGACACUUCGCCCCCACAGAGAAAAAGAAACAGACCCUCCAGACUGACACCUAUGAACUUCUUUCGACUCACCUUACUCAGUCUCAGGAAGGGGAUUGCCAUGAGGACGGAAGAAAAGUCAGACUCUUCAUCUUUCUACGAAGAACCAAUCUCAGAGACAAUGAACUUCUAGCUUUUAACCAGAAGAUUGUGAAUUUUGUUUUUUCCUCAGCAAAAAAAAUAAAAAAUUUAAAUCUGGCUGUUGUGCCAAACUACUCGAACAAGACGAUCGAUUCAAGUCAAAAGGAGGAAGUCCAACAAUCUGCUGGUUUUGAUGGCGGUGCUUGUGCAGCGCCGGCUACAACAGUGUUUGUUUGAUUAGUGUUUUCUUUGUGCGUUUUGUAUAUCUAUUGGGCCGUUUCAGUGAAGUGAGCAUUGGAUGUCAGCCUCCCUCCUUUUACAAACGUACACUAUUAUUAUUAUUAAUAUUAUUAUUAUUAUUAUUGAUUUUACCCUCUCAUGUCAUAUAUUGUGCCAUGAUUUUUUAUUUUCUAUGUUAUUAUAUUUUUUUACACACAUAUCCUUAUGAACAUGUACAUAUGUUUUGUUUUGAAGCUGCCUCGUUCUUUUUGAUGUUUCCCACUUGUUUCAUUAUGAUUGCUUUGGAUUAGAAGCUCAGUUUCCACGUCAGCAGGGGGAGCGGAGCCCGUCGGGGUUCUACCCAACCUACUUUCCCAGCAUCUCGUUGUUCCACUUUGUACAUUAAAUGGCUUUCAGCCUGUCUGUUAGUUGUGGGAGCUCCGUUUUAAAAGCCCUACCAACGUGUUUGCAUGUUGGACCAUGGAGAAAACCGCGGCGAGCCGUGACUCGCUUCCGUGGAAGCUUCUGUGUCGUUCUGUGGAGUGGUAUCUCCUCGCAGGUCAGGGUAACCUCGGACUCAGGGCGCUGACACCCCCUCACACACUUCUGCUCAAAGAAGAAACCAAUCAGCUGCAGGUUAUCUUUUCUAUGGCGCGUUGUGUGUGUGUGUGUUUUCAAUAAAACUAAAAACGUUUUGGUUUCAGAAGGAGGUUCUGAUGGAGCAUGUGGCCAGCUGAUUGUCUCAUCAAACUCCACAACGUGGUUCUUCUACAAAUCUUAUAAAAUGCAAAGAUGUUGGCCUUUUAAAAGGGACUCCCAGAUUUUUUUUACCUAGUAGGUUUUGUAUGAAGAAAAGAAAUACAGAAGCUUUUUCUGAGCACAAAUCUGCUGUAAAAAGGAGAAAAAAGAAGUCCGACACUAGUUUUGCAUUACCCUCUUACCCAAAGAAUUUUUGUCAUUUCCAAUCAAAGUCAUUUCCUCUACUUUUGUGAAUACCAUGUUUUGCAUAAAUGUGCAUCAUCAUGAAUGUCUGUAUAACUGUAAGAGAUUUUAACUUUGGAGACAAACAAGGAAUAAGUUCUGGAGGAAAACGAUUCAAAGCAAAAGGAAGAAGGGCGGGGCUCCUUUUGGGAAAGAUCUGUUGAAUUGUAAACAGCUGAACCUGUAUUGCACUUUUUCACAAUUUUUGGAAAGUACAUUUCUUACAUAUCUUGUGUUUUAAAUAUCAGAAGCUGUUUGUGUAACGUAGUGUCCUAGAUGAGCAGCAGGCAGCUGGCCUUGUUUUUAUUUUUAUGAUUUUUAUUUUAUUUUGCUUCAGAGAUGUUAUGAAUCGAGCAGCUGCGUUGUUUUACCCGGCGUCUCAUGAUCGAGGAAUUCUGUUGUUCUGCUUGUUCAUGUACAGAGCUUUCUUUGCUUUCUGUAGGAGAAAAAAAUUCUGUGGCUUUUUAAAAAAAAUGUUGGAAAAAUGUCUGGGAAAAAAUGUUUUUUAUUGGUGCUCCUAUACAUUGUGUAUACAAACUAUUAUGAAUACUAACGAAGUAAA